CAAGAGCUGCCUUGAGCAGAAGUCCUGCUAGUCGUCUCCGUCUGGGUACCAGCCCCCUAUUACUCGGCAGGCGUGUGGAGGAAGAAGGAAACUAGACCCAGACCGCGAGGUUUGUAGGUCUGUUGGCCUAUAGGUCGCCUCACAAGUCGUCCUGAGGGAAGGCGCAAACUGCCCUGGGACCAUGCAGACUGUCCAUCAAUCUCUGUGAAAGGAGCACUGACCACAGAAGACAAGGAAAGAAGGAAUUUACCUGACUUUGGUAGAGAUUCAUCACAAGAGAGCUACAGGAACCUGAGAGAGGCAGAAAGGACUACACCCCACCAUUAUCCUGGCCAUCAGCAUCCUCUUCUAUUAGGUGGAACAAGGCCCUCACCGGUCAAGGCUGGGACAGACUUGAGCAUGGGCCGGGCUCGGGAAGUGGGUUGGAUGGCAGCAGGACUAAUGAUUGGGGCUGGUGCCUGCUACUGUGUUUACAAACUAACAAUAGGAAGAGAUGACAGUGACAAGUUGGAGGAGGAGGAAGAGGAAUGGGAGGAUAACGAGGAGCUGGAUGAGGAGGAACCUGAGAUUUGGUUUGAUUUCACAACUAUGGCUCGGCCCUGGAGUGAGAAUGGGGAUUGGACUGAACCUGGGGCACCUGGAGGCACUGAGGACAGGCGCUCAGGUGGGGGCAAGGUGAAUCGAACACACCCAGUAAAACAGCGUCCAUUCCCCUAUGAACAUAAAAAUACUUGUAGUAAUCAAAGCUUUAGAAAUUUCAGUUGUGUCCAUGCCCUCUCCAAGUGUCAUUCCAUUCAGGGGAAAAUGUGGUUUGCUCAGCCCAAGGAUGCCAGUUUUUCAUUUAGCCACGGUAUCAAUAGUCAUUUGGCCAACCUCUCCAUUGUUGGAAACACGACCCCUGCUCCCGACCCCGCUAUUAAGGAGAAAGCUUUAUAUGCUCCAGAUAACUUGAAUGCAAGUAUUGAAAAUCAGGGCCAGAUUAAGAUGUACAUCAAUGAAGUGUGUCAGGAGACUGUGUCACAUUGCUGCAUCUUAUUUCUGCAGCAGGCCGGAUUAAAUUUGUUAAUAAGCAUGACAGUUAUUAAUAACAUGCUUGCCAAGUUCGUUUCAGACUUGAAGUUUCCUUUGAUAGCAGAGGGAAGUGGCUGUGCUGAGCUUCAGGUUUUGAAACUGGUGAUGGGUUUGUCUGAAAAUCCAGUCUUGGCAAGGAAUUGCUGGGUGCCCAAAUGCUGCUCUCAUUCAUGUCCCUCUUCAUGAGGAACAGAAACAGCCAGGUUCUCCUGGACACCCUGGACUCUUAAAUGGCUAUUGCGAACAGAAUGGAACUGAAUCUGCCCAAAACCCUUGUGGUGAACACACACUUGUGUUCUCAUUCAAAGAAUCUGCAGUGGGUGCUGUUGAAGAUCCAGCCUUAGCCCAUCACCACAUCAUGGGGUGAAAGUUACACUUGCUUCAUUGAGGACCACACUCCUACUGGCCAGUCAGGGGUUCCCACAGGGCUUUGAGUAACUUCUUGGUUUUGCAGUCUGCAGGCAAUGUGCAUUGUCAAUCACUCCCUUGCAGCCUUCUUCCUGUGGUAAAAGGAUUGUUUCAGCUGCCAGUUGCGGAUACAGAACAUCUUCUUACAGCAUCUCGAGGGCUGCCUUGCCCGUGGUGGUCUCCCUGUCUAAGCGGGACCAUUUUAUGGAGACCAGACACAUAUCAGAGCUUGUGCUGAAAAUGCAUUUGUUGCCGCUUUGGUUGAAUUCUUUCUCAUUUACUCCUUCUUCUGUGUGAGCUGAUGGAUGGUGAGCCUAUUCAUCAAAAAAGUACACCGCCCUGCUAUGUGCUGUACUGACUUAACCUUUUCCACCCAAGCCUACAUUUGUAUGUAUCAUCAAUAAAGUUUUGUGCUUUGAUUGGCAAAGGCGAGA